AUGGACGCGGUGCUGCUGGAGCACUUCCCCGGGGGGCUGGACUCCUUCUCCUCGCCCCCCUACUUCGACGAGGACGACUUCUUCCCCGAGCCGUCCUCGCGGGACGCCCUGGGCGCCGACGGGUUCCUGGAGCAGGACGUGGAUUUCCUCAGCCGCCAGCUGCAGGAGUACUAUCGCGACGGCGGGGACCCCGAGGGCGGCUACUGCUGCGAGGCGGCGGCUGCCGCCUUCCCCCCGUCGCCCGCCUCGCCCGGCUUCGCCUACGAGUGCUGCGGGGCGGCGGGCGCGGCGCUGCUGUCCCCGGGGGGGCGGCUCCAGGCGCUGGGCUCGGCCAAGCGGCGGCGGCGGGUGCGCUCCGAGGCGGAGCUGCAGCAGCUCCGGCAAGCGGCCAACGUGCGGGAGCGCCGGCGGAUGCAAUCCAUCAACGACGCCUUCGAGGGGCUGCGCUCGCACAUCCCCACGCUGCCCUACGAGAAGCGCCUCUCCAAGGUGGACACGCUCCGCCUCGCCAUCGGCUACAUCAACUUCCUCAGCGAGCUGGUGCAGUCCGACCUGCCCCUGCGCAGCGCCAGCAGCGAGAGCCCCAACCAGCCCAAGAAAAUCAUCAUCUGCCACCGCGGCACAAGAUCUCCCUCCCCGAGCGACCCCGACUACGGACUCCCCCCUCUGGCCGGUCACUCGCUGUCGUGGACUGACGAAAAGCAGCUCAAGGAACAAAACAUUAUCAGGACAGCCAAAGUGUGGACCCCCGAGGACCCCCGGAAGCUGAGCAACAAGCCGUCCCUCAACAACAUCGAGAACGAGCCUCCCUUCGAUUUCGUGGCCUGA